ACGACGUUAACGCGUUCUCAUCUGACGUAAACACUAUGAAAAGUGGCGACGUCAUUGCGUCAUUUCAACGCGACAUCGUUUUAUAGUUUUUUUUUUUUGGUAACGUUUUAUUGAAGUAAAAUGACCACUACCACAAGAAACACUCACUGAUGCAGAGCCAGUGGAGGGACGAAUAAAACUGCUACGUGACUCUGAGAACAGCUGCUUAUAUUAGAAGAACUACAGUUCCCAGCCGGCCGUUCGGCUGUACACAUGUGGCGGGGAGCCUCAGACAACAGACGGCGGCAUCAUGUCUGUGUUUAUGGAUUUAAACUUGAGCUACACGGCGGACAGGAACGCCCUGCAGAGUAUGGUGGACACGGCUGCUCACCUCGGUUUCUCCACAGUCGCCAUCAACUACUUGUUUGAACCCACGGCCAAAAAGAAACAGGAAAUCCCCACCCCCACGCCGAUCAAUGAGCUGAUCGAUCAGUUGCCGAUCGUACAGGGCCGCUCUCGUCCAAUCAGAGUGCUGAACAGACUGACAGUUGUGAUGUCAGACUCCAGUCACUUUAGGCCGACUGCUCCAGAGUACCGUAGCUUCGACCUGCUGGCUGUGCAGCCGACCACAGAGAAACUCUUCCAUGCAGCCUGUAUGUUGUAUGACGUUGACAUCAUCUGUAUCUCAGUCACAGAGAAACUUCCUUUUUUCUUCAAGAGAGCACCGGUCAACGGGGCUGUAGACAGAGGCCUGGUGUUUGAGGUGUCGUACUCUGCAGCCAUCAGAGACUCCACCAUGAGACGCUACACCAUCGCCAACGCCGUCAGUCUGAUGGACAGCUGUAAGGGGAAGAGUGUCAUCCUGUCCAGUGCAGCUGAGAAGGCUCUGGAGCUCAGAGGUCCAUAUGAUGUCACCAACCUAGGUUUGUUGUUCGGUUUGUCAGAUGGAGACGCUAAAGAAGCCGUGACCUCCACCUGUCGCUCAGUGCUGCUGCACGCAGAGACCAGGAAGACGGCCAGUGGGAUCAUCUACACCAUGAGGAGCUGCAGUGAGUCGUCCUGCCAGCAGGAGGCUCCGCCCCCCUCUGAAGGUUCACUGACACUGACGCAUCAGCUAACGCAUCAGCUGACACAUCAGCUGACCUGCUCUCUGCUCUUCUGUUUUACCUGAACAGGUGAAGCUCCUGCUGCCAAGAGACACAGACCUGCUCUGACUGAGUGAUUGACAGCUGAGGAGGGCGGGACUUCUAGGGCUGACAGGCAUUUUCUUGUUUCAAUUGUACAAACUUGUUGAUUGACAGGAGAAGAUUUUGAUUUUCACUCAUUUUUCCUGUGAACUGAUUCGAUGAUUUCUGAUUUGACUUUCAUGAUUUGGAAAUAAACAGUUUGAAGAGUCGGUGUCAA